UGCUUUCGUCAUCAGAGGGGUCCUUCCGCCGCUCGGUGAGCACGUGUUCUUCAGGAGCGGCAGCGGCAGCAGAUCUCCGGUAACGGCGCCGCGAUGAUGGGCGGCAAACCGAGCGCGAUCGCCGCGGGCGUCUGCGGCGCGAUCUUCAUCGGGUACUGUAUCUAUUUCGACAGAAAACGACGCAGCGAUCCGAGCUUCAAAACCAGACUGCGUGAACGGAGGAAGAAGCAGAGAGCUGCUCAAAAUAAAUCUGGACUUGCUCAACUGCCAGAUCUUAAAGAUGCGGCAGCCGUGCAGAAGUUUUUCCUGGAUGAGAUUCAGCAGGGCGAGGAGCUGCUGGCUCAGGGAGACUAUGAGAAGGGUGUUGAUCACCUGACCAAUGCCAUCGCUGUCUGCGGCCAACCACAGCAGCUCCUGCAGGUGCUUCAGCAGACUCUGCCUCCACCCGUCUUCCAGAUGCUGCUCACCAAACUACCCACGAUCAGUCAGCGCAUAGUGAGUUCUCCGGGUCUGGAGGAAGAUGACGUGGAGUGAAACCUGCUGAUCUUCAGGUCUCUGGUCUUUUAUUGAUCGCGUUCACUCCUGUGUUUGCUUGCACAGUCGUCCCGAUCACUGCACUCUCUGUCUGUUCAUAGUUUGCGGUUUCAUAGUUCAUAUAAAGAAAGAGGUGUUAAUUUGAUUCCAAACAUGAUUUUUCUUGUAGCAAUCACAGAUCUUUGAAUACAAAUGAAAACAUCAAAUUACAAGUGUAAUAUUUUACUGAUAAAGCGAGUUAUAAAGGUCAUCGGUUCAUAUGUUACAGACACAAACACAAGGCAGUUUCUUUAAAGUGUCAUUUUUGGAUAUUUUCCUCACACUUAGUGGUUAAUCAUAUGUUAGAUCUAUCUGCAGUGUAAUCAGAUGUUUUCGUUUAUGAAUCGUUUUGAGUAUGAAAGUGUUUUGGGCACAUUUGUAAUUUUUAUGCACUGAACUUUAAACGAUAAUUUCCUUUUUUGUAUUCAUUAAAUACUU